UCUGGCCUUUGGUCGGGAAGCAAUCUUUCAUAUGCAUGAUUUCUUUCAUUCGAUACAUACACCAAUUACUGUCCAUGGACCUACUUCUGACCUACAUCAACGCAUCUAGCUAAUGUACCUUCGUUUUCUCCUGCCUACUGGCUGUACCAGUGCAAUGCACGAAUUCGUCUAUUCCACCCAAUGAGUCUGAGUUCUUUGCAAAAGUCAAAGGACAUGACGUCUAGUCUUGCAUCUUGACCUACAACCUUUCGCCUUGGAGACUUUGACAGCUGGCCACUGGACUCCUGGAAUCGGAGACGCCUUCUGAACGCUGCGAGUGUCACAUAUAUAUAUGCGCUAUCAUCUCCAACUACCAACGACAGCGCCAAUUGCACCAACAUACAUAUCUUAAUUUCCGACUUCUCCGUUUUCAGUCACAUUCUCCUGGGGGCUGAGCUGGACUGCCUGCAUCGAGCAUUCACGUCACACAGCAUAACACUCCACAUUCUGAUAUACGCCGGCGUUCUUAUUACCAGACGACUAACAACAAUCGAGUUUGGAGACCACUGUCGUUUGAUGCAGCAUACAUUCACACGCUCCCAAUUCACAAGAAGGCACCCGCAAGUACGAGGACUGGACCUGGACUCCGACCCAGUCAAACGGCAUCGGAUCUGCCUCCCCUGGUCCAGGCACUUCCUGUUUCCACACACUUGCUUCCCGCUUCCGAGGGUUCCAGUUUGAUCUUCCUACCUGUUGGUUUUCCCGGGUUUUCUCGCUCGCUACCGCCAGACAAGCCGUGGGGUCCGUUCAUUCGUCCGUCCAUCCACUCCACUCCUUCGGCAUUCGUCUUAUCUGACAACUGACAACGCCUCCAACAACGGCGUGCGUCGGAAAGGAGUACAAGGCAACGGUAUCGAAGGAGGGCUAUAUCACCGUACUUGCAUUACAUGACAGCUAUACGGGAGCAUCGAUUGCGACGCCGCCGCAUCAUGGCCAUGUCUUGCCCCUCCCCAAGAGCAGGAGCACGAGUAGCAUUAAUACCGCCCCGCCAUUCGCCCUGCCAUUCGGCCGCACAGUCACAUUCCCAUUCGCAGUCGCAGCGCCGGAUGCCCAUGAUGUACACCCUGCCCAUUCAGCGGCUGAAGGAGAUUGCGAGCCAUGUCGUCCCCGGCGCGGUUCUCGGGACGGUAAAGGAGAUCAGAUCGACGCAGUUGCCGAGACUAUAUCUCCUCAAGAUGAGUGAUGGUCGUCCGCUGCUGCUCUCUAUCACUCCUAGACUUUCGAUCCGUUUGUUGAGGCACGAAUCCACCAUUAUGGCGUCUGAAGCGAGUCUUGUGUAUUUUCUUGCUCAGACGACGAGGCGGCCAGUAUCCCCAUCACCACCAGCAUCGCGAGCUUCUUCUCAUGAUGAUGAUGAUGAUGAUGAUGAUGAUGAAGAAGAAUUUUGUUCAAAAUCCUUACAAUUAUCAGGGCUGGUCCCGAAAAUUCUCCAGCAUUCCUCGAAUAGGAAGGAGACGCCAUAUCCAUACAGCAUUCUCGAGCCAACGAGGGGAACACCCAUUUCAUUGCUAGCUCCACCACUCAGUGUUACCAGCCGGCUCUCAAUUGACAAACAAGUUGGCUCCUUUGUUCGAACGCUUGCUUCGAUAAAGUCACCCAAUGGAAAUUUUGGGAUGGCGAAUCGGGUACUUCCCGACCCACCAAGCAUCAAACAGUCAUCGACGAUGCCGAAACUCGUGGGCUCAGAGACGUGGUCCGAAGCUUUCAACACCCUACUCGAAGCUAUUUUGAGGGAUGGAGAAGAUAUGUCUGUUCUGCUGCCGUACGAAACCAUUCGUGCCCACUACAGACGACUCUCGUGGAGACUAGACGCGGUCAAAUUGCCAAGGCUUAUUAUCAUCAACGUCAACCAAGCGAAUGUGAUGGUGGAACGGACGAUCGAAGCAGACGAAUUAGACGGGCCAAUUGAAGAAGUCACAUUGACAGGACUUCGGAACUGGAGUCAAGGUGUAUUUGGAGAUCCCUUGGUAUCAAGUUGUUUCGAAAGCCCAAGCGAGGAGUUUCUUGAAGGUUGGAUCGAAGGUGGUGACGAAGUGAUCGAGGACGAAGAGAACAAAGAGGGCAGAUUGCUGCUAUACCAGUGCUACAGAGCCAUUGUAGCUAUCGUGACGGAAUACUACAGGCCGCAGAGCGACAGUAGUAAGCGGGAGCUGGAAGGCAGAAGGAAAUUGACGAGUGCAUUGAAAGAGCUUGACGAACUAUUUAACGACGAAGACGAAGCCAUAAAACGGGUACGGAGCAUGUCGAUGGAUAUCUUGAGUGCUGCGAAAAGGCAGAAACUUGAUGAGAAAUAG